UAAUCUUCGACGGGUUUCCUAAACCCGCCAUAACUGUUUCUGGAUUUUUCAACUUCAGCUUUUAUUCAAAGCUGUUACUAUUCUAGGAGAGCAUAAAAAAUAAAGGAAUAUACUCAUCAUAAUAAGUGACCAUCGAGGACAACAUAGCAGAAAAAGUCACCUAUUCCAAGCCAUCGACUCCUGUUUUGAAGGGUCUGUUUGUGCCAUAAAUUGAGCAAAGGGAUAGCUUUUCUUCUGCCUUUCUUGAUCUCUCUCCACUUCCAGGGCUUUCUUUCUCUUUCACCCCUUUUCAUUUUCUUUCUUUAAGCUUCCAUCGAUUUUUAAGUCUCAAACUAGGUAAACCUUAUAUAUAGAAAACACUUUCAUUUGAUCUUUUAUCGAGAUAUUUUAAUCAGAAGAUUAGUUCGUUGCUGAUACAGUUGAGUUGAGUGUUUCAUCAAGUAACGUAUUUCUUAUUGCUUCUUCUUUACAAGAUUUUAACUUUGGCACCCAUCGUAUAUACCCAUAUAGCAGAGUCAUCAAGGAAUUUGGUGUUUUUGUCCCCUGGAGAAUGAAGGGCCAAAAUAAUCAAUACCCCUUAAACUCUGUUUCCAAGUUUUUCAAUGCUCAAUUUCACUUUGUUCGGUUCCUCGCCUAUAUCGUUAUUCUGGGCUUUGGUAUAACCAUUGGGGUUAUCUUCAGUUUCUAUCUAAGAAACUGCAACUUUAGUCUACAAUUCACGCAGUUGUCACUCUCUUCCUUUCCGCGAACACAAAUCCUGCCAACACCAACAACAAAACCAGAAAUAUCUAAUCAAACUCAAAUUCACACACUGAUUCAAACUCAAACAGAAAUCCAAACAGAAACUCGAGCUGAAAUUCAAACUGAGAGUGUUCAUGUAGGAUUGAAGGAUUUCCUUCAGCCUCCGCAAGUCGUGCAUGAUAUGGACGAUGAGGAAUUGCUUUGGAGAGCUUCAAUGACAGCAAAGAUCCCUGAUUACCCAUUUGACCGUGUUCCGAAGGUUGCCUUCAUGUUCUUGACAAGGGGUCCUCUGUUUUUGGCACCUUUGUGGGAGAAAUUCUUCGAAGGGCAUGAAGGUUUGUACUCAAUUUACGUGCACUCCAAUCCAUCCUACAAUGGAUCACAACCGGAGAGUCCUGUAUUUGAAGGUCGGAGAAUUCCCAGUAAGGAAGUGGAAUGGGGCAAUGUGAACAUGAUUGAAGCUGAACGUCGCUUGCUGGCCAAUGCACUUCUUGAUAUCUCAAACCAACGCUUUGUACUGCUGUCAGAAUCAUGCAUACCACUCUUCAAUUUCUCAACCAUCUACACUUACUUGAUGAACUCUACCGAAAACUAUGUCAUGGCUUUUGAUGAUCCAAGUUCGGUUGGGCGAGGCCGAUAUAAUAUCCAGAUGUUGCCCGACAUCUCCCUCAACCAAUGGAGAAAAGGGUCCCAAUGGUUUGAAAUGGACAGAGAGCUUGCACUAGAAGUAGUAUCUGACAGAAAAUAUUUCCCAGUUUUUCAAGACUACUGCAAAGGUUCAUGUUACGCAGAUGAACAUUACUUGCCAACGUAUGUGAGCAUCAAGUUUUGGGAGGGGAAUUCUAACAGGAGUUUGACUUGGGUUGAUUGGUCAAAGGGUGGUCCACACCCAGCUAAAUUUCUGAGGUCGGAGAUUACUGUGAAGUUCCUAGAGAGUUUAAGGAAUCACAAAUGCAAGUAUAAUAACGGAGAUAGCAUCAAUGUCUGUUUUCUGUUUGCUAGGAAAUUUGCACCUAGUACUGUGUCAAAGCUCACGAAGAUUGCACCCAUGGUAAUGCAUUUCUAAUACUACCAUAGGUACACAAACACAGGUUACCAUUAUGACCAUUCAUUCAUUCUUUUUAUCUUGUAAGUUUGUAGACUUGUUUAAUCAAAUACAGUGAGUUUUCCAUUGGUUCCA